CUCACAAAACCAAUUAAUCGUACGCAGUGAUCCUCUUGGAAGAAAAGUUGGCCUAGCAGUUGGUUCAAAGCAUUUCAAGAGCUAACAAAAGGUCAAAUAUUAACCAAUAAGGUCAUAAAAUGCUCCAUCGGCCAUAUAAGAUCGAAUCUGAUAUCAAGCCCGUUAGUGAUGUGACAAUACAGAUCUCGGGGAUGUUUGAUAAUACCCGUUCAAUCUUAAGCUCUACUCACCUCAACGGGAUUCUUCACAAUCCAAGUGAUGUGAGAUCUUCAAAUAGCUCAAAUUAUCAUAUGUCACAAGUUUCUGAUUCAAGUAUCAAGACUAUGAAACCUGCAAAAACGAAACGAGGAACUUACAAAAGAAGAAAAAACGUUUCAACAAUUACAAAAGUUAUUACUACUCUGAUUGAUGACGGAUAUGCUUGGAGAAAGUAUGGCCAAAAAACGAUCUUCAACUCAAAAUAUCAAAGGAACUAUUAUAGGUGCAGUCAUAAGAUUGAACAAGGGUGCCAAGCAACCAAACAAGUUCAAAAGAUUGAUGACAAGCCAUCAAAGUACAAAAUAACAUACGAUGGAGUCCAUACUUGCAAUAAUUUACAAAGUGCUACACAAAUCAUUUUAGAAGCUCCAGACCCUAGGGACAAGUCAACCCUUAUCAGUUUUGAAACCAAUGCAUUCACUGAGAACCAUAAGGUUGGCAGUUGUUUUCAAUCAAUGAAACAUACACCUAUGGAUUUUCCUUCUUUAGAACCGUUGGAUCAGAAACAAGUUUAUUUCUCCGAUCAUAAAACUCAAUGGGAUUCGAUCUUGGAACUCUCGCAAGUUCCAUCAGAACCAAUAUCUAUGAUGUUAUCUGGAUUAGAUUGUGAGGACAUGGUGUCGCCAGGGGUGUAUUCGUCUACAUGUAGUACACAUGGCUAUGAGAUUGACGAUAUUAAAGAAAGUUAUGACUAUGCUGGUUUUCUAUUUGAAUUAUAACGUGUAGAUGUCAUGAAUUGUAACAUUUGUUUGAGAA